AUGUCUCUUCACGUCUUUUGGCCAGCCACUGCCUGCCUGACAAUGUUCAUAGUAGGCGUAAUAAUGAUAAUAUUGAAGUACGGUCCUCGCUUGUUCAAUGCCAGACACGUCCCUCUGCCUUCCGAUCAGGAAUGGGAGGCCAAGUCUUAUUCUCGAGAAAUAUCAAUCUCGAUGGCGUAAUGUUUUCAGUAUUUUACUCCCUUUUUGUAAUUUUUUUUCCCCAUUUUUAUCCGUCUAACUUCAUCGCAGCUUUAUUUUACACACACUUCUAAUUCGAAGAUUUUACAAAAAUUAUAUCUCAAUUUUUACUCAGUAUAUUAUUGUUUUAUGUGUAGAAUUAUGUUAUUAUAUACUUCGAAACUAAUCAAAAGCAACUGCCAUCGUGUUAAUAAUGAAAGCUUAAAUUUUCUAUGUUGGCAGAAAACUUUUAACGUACUCGCGUUUUUUAGAACUUUUAACAGUUCAUUCCGUCCAAAAACGUCCAAACCACCAAAUGAUUUUGACAUUUUAAUUUUAAAUUGUAAUUUCAACGUACGCGAUUUUCAUUUUUUCUUCUUCAUUUUUUAUAAAACCAAAAUGAUAUUCCACGUUUUUAUAACCGACGAUGGAGGGUACAAAUCGACCUGCAAUUUAUACCGCAGACCUGAAUAAUCAUUCCAAUCUAAUUA